AUGACAAGUUCAAGACUAACGAUUGAUAAUCUACCCGUCGAAUUGCUUUAUAAAAUCUUCAACAAUCUAUCGACAUUUGAUAUCUAUUUUCAUGUGUCAUUGGUCAAUCAUCAUCUAUAUACUGUUGCACGUUCCUAUUCCAACUUUGAACUGUUUGAAAAUACACCUGAGUUCAAACAACUAUGUGCUCGACUGUUACCAUCACAAGUUUCAUCGCUAGGUUUGCAUAUAAAUAGAACAGUUGCCGACUACGAGGAUUGUGACUGUCAGUUCCAUCAAGAUUAUAACGACCCUGAACAUGGUCCAGAUUGGGUAAAAUGUUGUGUCAGUUGGUAUGAUAUUCCAGUAGAUGAGUUCGGACAUAAUCAAGCAUGCAAAUUUUAUAAAUUUAACAAAUAUAGUGCAGCGUAUCAUUCGGAUCGCUUUUUCACCUUUUGCCAUGAUCGAUUAGAUCAAUUCAAUCGUAUUCGAUCAUUAGACCUUUAUGGUAUUCCUGAGGAAUCUUUUUCACAAGUGAUCGAUCGACUGAUAAGUCUAAUACCUCAGUUAGCUUUAACAUUAUACAGAAUUAUCGAUCUAAAUUUUCCUUUCGAUGAACGAAUUGAACAUUAUACACGAUUUAUUAGAACAUUACAAAAUCUUCGCGAAAUUUCAUUCUGCACACCUUGUGUUCUCUUAAAAUUAAUGCCUAUUGUUUUUACAAUUCAACAUGUUAACUUAAUUAGAUGUACAAUAAACCAGUGGCGAGAUAUAAAAGCAUAUCUGCCAAAUCUUUGUUCAAUUAAAAUUGGGUAUUUAGAUAUCGCUGAUAAUCAUUCUUCUGAAGGUUCAAUAAUCACGGCAAUUUCAAUUAAUCAUGAUCAAACAACAUCAAAAAUUAUUGGAUUUGAUCCUAGUUUGAUGAAAACAACAGUUUUUGUUGACUUGCAUAUAAAUUUAUCCACAUUAUCUUAUCUAUCCUUGCAACAUCAGGCUAAUACAAAUCAAGAUUUUGAUGAAUAUUUUGAUGGAUCAUGGUGGGAAAGUACUUUAAAAAUAUCUGCACCCAUGUUGAAAUCUUUUGAAUUUGAAUUUUAUUUUCAUAAUCCACCCUAUUUAUCCUUGAAAAGAAUGGAUAAAAUAAUGAAGCCAUUUCAAACAGCAUAUUGGAUGACGCAAAAACGGUGGUAUGUCCAUUUUAUGUCAUCUGAUGAGUAUGGUUCAUAUCUCUUCACUAAAAAAUUUGCAUUUGAUCAAUACGAUGAUUGUGAAAGCUCAUCAACAUGUAACCGCUGGUCAAUUUGGAAAUCAGUAACAAGAGGACUUGUCAUUGAUUACAGUACAGGUCAUUCAUUACCAAAUUUAUUAGAAUCCAAUGACCCAACAAUUGAUUUAUACAUACGAGGUCCUAUGUUACAAACAAUAGAAUCAUCCGGUUAUUUAACGCUAGAAGAUCAUAUUAAACCUUAUGUUAAUUACAACUAUGUAGAACGUCUGCGAUUAGGAGCCAAUAUAAAACGUGAAGGAAGAAGAAAAUCAAAACACAAUCUGCGUGCUCUUUUUCGUCAGGUUACAUAUCUUAAAAUCGAUCGUUUAGAAUAUCUCGAUUCACUUUAUGCUCAACGGAUAAAAUUCCUGCGUCGUCUAGCCAAAAAAAUUGACUUAAUAAUUCUAGUUGAAAAAACUAACUGGUGUUUUUCAUCUGAUAAAAUGGCUAUUGACAAGUUUUGUCAAUUUUUUUUAAAUUUAAAACAAUUGGAUUUAACAGUAAAUGAUUUACAAGCAAUGACAUUCAUUAUUGAUGCUUUAUUACAUCUUGAAAAGGCAAUAUUUCGAUUUCCUAUCUAUAUCAGAGAAAUAUUGCUGAUCAACGAAGAUUUAUGUUUAUUUACAACACGUUUAAAUACUAUGAACUGGAGCUAUGAGAUAUUUCAGAAUACGAUACAUUUAUAUAUCGGUCCAAAGGAAAUAUGUAGUGAAAGUAAGUUAAAAGCAAUUCAUUAUCUAAUCGUUUCAUAA